AUGCGCGAGUGGGUCACAGUCCAAGAUACUCCCUCGACAACCCCUCAGACCGAGUCAACCGCCGAAGUCGAAGAAGAGGCAGCAUACGGUGUUCCUGCCUCGAUUCAGCCUAUCCGAAAGCCUCAGACCGACUCCGCAAACAACGAUCAGAAACGCACCGACCCUUUCCAAUUUGGUACCCGCUACCUGGAAGAAGGCGACAACAUCUUCGCUCACAAUGCCUGGGACCACGUCGAGACCGACGACACAUACAAAGAAUUCAUCAAGUCCCAAGAAGAGUUUCAAAAGUCAGCACCCGUCACAGACUUCGACAAGAAGCGCUUCAACCAGCACCCCGAGAAAUGGUGGGACAAAUUCUACAGCAAUAACCGCGCAAAUUUCUUCAAGGAUCGUAAAUGGCUAGCUCAAGAGUUCCCUGUACUGGGAGAGAUUACAAAGGAAGAUUACGGAGCUGCGACAAUGUUGGAAGUUGGUGCUGGUGCAGGAAACACGGCAUAUCCAGUUCUGAACUUGAACAAGAACCCUUUGUUGAAGAUUCACGCUUGCGAUUACUCAAAGAAGGCCAUUGAAAUUAUCCGAACGCAGGAGGCAUACCAGAAUCAGACAACUCUGCAGGCAGAUGUGUGGGACGCUGCAGGAACCGGCGAGAAUGCUCUGCCUCCUGGCCUGGAAGCCGGUAGCGUCGAUGUGGUUGUCAUGAUCUUCAUCUUCUCCGCUCUCUCACCGAGACAAUGGGCGCAAGCUGUAAAGAAUGUCUGGAAUGUCCUCAAGCCGGGUGGUCUGGUCCUGUUCCGUGACUACGGUCGUGGUGAUCUGGCUCAGGUUCGAUUCAAGAAGGGUCGUUACCUGGAAGAGAACUUCUACAUUCGUGGUGACGGCACUCGUGUUUACUUUUUCGAAAGAGACGAACUUGCAGAUAUCUGGUCUGGCAAGCUACCAGCAAACAGCUUCCAGAGUACGGAUAUCUCAGACGACAACAAGAUGCCCGCAUUCGAGAUUACGAAUCUGGGUGUUGACAACAGAAUGCUUGUCAACAGACAGAGAAAAUUGAAGAUGUACCGCUGCUGGAUGCAAGGCCGUUUCCAAAAGCCUGCCUCUACCACAAGCUGA